AUGGAAAAUACGGUAAAAAAGAAAGCAAAUGAACAAAAGAGAAAAAAGAAAACAAAUGAUAUUAAAGAUAAAUUAUUAAGUGGAAAGGCAGUUUUAUGUUUUGAUGAAGAGAUUGAAUUUGAUAAAUGUGAUUCUAUAACUGAAGAUAUUGUAGAUAAAAAAAUAAAAAAUGAAAAGAAAAAUAUAAUUAAAGAUAAUAAAGAUUUGUUGGAAGAAAUAGGAUCAAAACAAACAAAAUCUUUAAAACAAAAUGAAAAAAGUAAAGUGGAGAACAUUGAUAAAAUUGCAAAGGACAGGGAAAAAUCAAAAAAAAAAAGUCAUGACAAAGAUAAUAAUAAUAAUAAAAUUGACGAUAAUGAAAACAAUAAUAAAAAUAAAAGCAAAAAAAAAAGUAAUAAUGAUGAUGAAAUAAAAAUACAUAAGAAAGAAGAAGGAAACAUAAAUAUGGAAAAUGAAGCAUAUUUAAAAUAUGAUUUAUUACCACCAUUAGAUAGUUCAACAAAUAGUUCAGUUAGUCCUCGAAUUAUUAAAAGUACUAAUGAACUAAAAAAAAAAAAUUCUACUAAGAUUUUAAAAAUCCAAAGUAAUAGUAAUGAUUUAAUAGAAGAAAAUAAUGAAGAAUUGAAUAAAUGGAUAGAAUUCUUACCAAAUAUUAAUUUAGAAAUAGAAAAUAUAUUAAAUAAUCCAUUACCUUGUUAUAAUAUACUUAACAAUAUUAAAAGAAUUAAAAAAAUCAAAAGUAUUGUAUAUAAUGAAAAUGAAAAUGAUGAAAUAUUAAAUUCAAUAGAAAAAUCUAAUCUAAUGUUUAAUUCUAUAAAACUUUCUACUAAAGAACAGUAUAUUAUAAGAUUUUUAUGUGAGGGAUCUUAUCAUAAUUUAUCUGAUUUAGUGGAGUUAUUAUAUUAUGUUUUAAAUAAAGAUGAAUUAACUCUUGACAAAUUGCCAAUAAAAAUAGUUAGUAAUAUAACUAGCAACAUAAGUAAUCAGAGUUUCUUAAUAGGUGGAACUUUAAUAGAAAAAGAAACUACUAAUGAAGAAAAUAAUUUAAGUAAAGAUUAUUCAUUUAAUAAAGACAUGGGAAAUAAAGAAACUUUAACUGAUAAUAAUUUAAACAUGAAAAAUAAUAGUAAUAAUAAUAGUAAUAAUUUUUCAUUAGAUAAUUUUUCUGAUGAGGAAUGUUAUUCUGAUGAAGAAGAAAAUGAGAAGAAAAAUUUUAAUAUACCCAUUAGUAAGGAGGAUUUAUUUUCUAGUAUACCUAUUUUGUUAAGUAGAAAGAAUUUAGGAGAUAAUAUGAAAAAAAUGAAUAUAAGCAAAAACGAAAAUAAUGAAAAAGAAUGUUUAUGGGUAUGGGAGAAUGAUAAUUAUGACUUAUUUCCAUCAUAUUAUAAAGAGGUAUUUAAGUAUUUUAAAGAAUUAAGAAGUAACAUGAGUAAAAUAUAUAAGACAUUAAUAAAAUUGAAGAAUUGUAUUAUAAGCAAAGAUUUACAAAACAUAAUAAAGUUAUAUGAUUCUUUAAAUGAAUUAAAAAAAAAACAAUUUUUAGAAUCAGAAAAAAGAUGCAAAAAAAUAUUAAUCGAAAAAAAAAAAAUUAUAAAAAAAAAGAUGGAAAUUAAGAAGCAAGAAGAAAAAAAAAAAAAAAUUGAAGAGAUAAAAUAUGUAGAAGAAAAAAAAAAUUCUACUAUUGUAAAAUUAGACAGUACAAUUCAAGUAAAAACAGAAGAAAAAAAAGCAAAGCAGCAAAAUCUUAUUUUAUCAUGGCUAACUUUAAAAAAGAGUCAUACAGUAAAUACAUUACAUACAAACGAUAAUACUGACCAAAACCUGAAAUAUCCAAUUGUAAAUGUUAUUAAUUUUAAUGAAAGUUCAAAGGAAAAGCUAUUAGAAGCUCAAAACCAAUUACCUAUAUUUAAAUGUUAUAGAAAUGAUAACGCUUUAAAUGAUGUGUUUAAGAAUAUUUCAAGCUUCGAUAAGCAAGAACUCUUAAUGAAUUAUAUAAAAUUAUGUGAAAGUCAUAAAAAGGUAGUAGUGGAUUAUUUUAAAGUAUAUGUUGAUAAUAGAGAAUUCUUUGAAGAAAUACCAUCUGUUGAUAGUGUAGAUGGCAGUAAAAUAAUUUUACAGAAUGAAAGUAGUGUGCGAUCAAAAUUAUGGGAAGACAAUGAAUUUUAUUUAAAAUUAAAAAAUUCAAAUUACAUAAGAAGCUUUUUUUUCUACGAUAACUCAUGGAAAAGGCCUUUUAUGUCAUUAUUAGUGCAUAAAAUAUUAGAUGAUAAUAUAAAUGUAUUGCCAUUUUACUAUCAUGAUGAUAUGGAGUAUGAAAAUGACACAAACGAAGAUUAUUAUGAAAAAUAUGAGACUAUUGAUUUAACUACAGAGAAUGAAGAAAACGAAACAGAAAGUGAUGGAAGUUCACAAGAUAUGUUUAUUGUUCCUGAUAAUGAAGUAAAUAAAGACAUUGAUUUAACACCAAUUACAACUCCAGUUAGCCCAGAUAUUUAUUUUUUUUCAAUCUUUAAUUGGGAUUGGAAUUUUGAAGGAAAUCAGAAGCAUAAUUACAACAUAAUUGAUAAAAAUGUAUUAAAAGAAUUUAAUUUGAAAUAUAAAGAAAAUAUUUAUGGGUGCCAAUAUAUUUCGUGGGGAAAUGACAACAACCCAUUUAAAUAUAUGUCAGAAAGAAAAAACUUAAAAAACACCUUAGAUAAUUAUGAUAUUAAGAAAUUAAUUAAACAUUCUCAUGGAAAAAUAACAAAAAAAGAUAUUCUAGUUGAUCAAUUUAAAACUAAAAAUGAGCAUUUAACAAAGGCGGACACUGAAAGAAAAUUUAAAAUAUAUUUAGUAUAUAAAAAGUGUGAAGAUAACAGAAAAAAAUGGAUGGCUUCAGAAGAGGGAGUAAAGCUAUUUAAAAAUGAAAAAUUAUUGGCAAAAAUUUAUGAAAUAAGAAAGAGAAAAUUAAAUUUUAUAUCUAGAAAAAUUGAAGAAGUAAAGAGACAAAAAAAAAUGCACAAAGAAAAUUUGAAAAAAGAAGAAAAGAUAAAAAAGAAAGAAAAAACAAACCAGGAAAAAUUAGAAAAUAAAGAAAGCAUGAAAAAGGAUGUUAAUUUGAAAGAUGCGGAAAAGCUAGAAAAAAUAGAAAUUUUAUCAAAAGAUGAUAUUUUAAAUGAGAAUAAAUCUCCAAAGAGUGCUUUAACAAUUAAAAAAAAAAUAGAAAAAUAA